AUGCGGAACACGCUCUGUGCUGCAGAGCCAGCAGGCCCGGCGUCUGCAGCCAAAUCUAUUUCAUCCAGCAGGCCUGUGCAGAUGCAGCUGUCGGAGGGACAGAUACUGACCCAAGUGAGACGGGGACCCCCUGACACCUCCCCUCAGCAGACAGGGACCUCCCGCACUGUAAAACGAUAUCCAUCAUCCUCCGGGCCCAUCACCUCCAACGCUAUACCUAACGGUAAUGGGCACGGCAGUGAGCCCAGAAACUGGCACGGACACAGACAUGGGCAAAACAACGUGCACUCCUUUAACGCUCAAAAGGCCACUGGGGACAGUCAACUAAAUGGACAGUUCAACAACGCGCUGCAACCAGCAGGGGCCAACCUCACCUCCAACCUGGACCGCAUCAAAAUCGUCUUCACGCCCAUGCUGUGCCGCAGGGUGUGCAGCGGUGGGCGCUGCUACAACAGUUGUGAGAAGGGAGACAUCACCACGGUGUACAGUGAGACCUCGCAGCAGCAGCAGCAGCAACAGCAGCAGCAGGCAAAGAACCAGGGCUUCAGACUUUUCUUCUGUCAGAUCCCCUGUCAUAAUGGAGGCCGAUGCAUCGGCAGGGACCAGUGCUGGUGUCCUUCAAACUCAACAGGGAAGUUCUGUCACCUGCCAUUGCCGGCUCCUGCCAGAACAAAGCCUCACAAAGAUGGCAGCCACCAGGGACCGAAGUCUCCUUCCCACUCCAUGUACACGCUGCCUCUGUCCAAUCAGCAAGUGUCUCUCCACCCAUCCCUGGUGAACGUCCAUAUACAGCACCCUCCAGAGGCCGAGGUCCAAGUCCACCAAGUCGCUCGGGUACAGAUGGGGCAUAGGCCGCCGACCACAGAGGGUGCUCACUCUGUCCAGCAACGCUCCCAGCCUGGGAAUGGACACGAAAUCACCAAUGAGCACAGCAGCAGGCACACACACACCAAUGGGAACGGAAAUGGACAUGACCACGCCAGACCACACAACCGUCAGAACGGCAAUGUGGGAAGAUGCUUUCAGGAAACAGUCGACGGACAGUGUGGCAAGCCGCUGCCAGGCCUAACCAAACAGGAUGAUUGCUGUGGAAGUGUCGGUGCCUCUUGGGGUCUCAACAAGUGCCAGAAGUGUCCAACCAAACCAGCGUACGCAGUGAUUGCAAAUGGACAAGUGGAAUGUUCUAAAGGUUUUAAGAGGAUGAAUCAGACGCACUGUCAAGACAUCAACGAGUGCCUGUUACCUGGAAUCUGUAAGAACGCUGAAUGUCUCAACACCAAGGGAAGCUACAGGUGCAUCUGCUUACUCGGCUACUUGUUAGACGCUGACAGGAGUCACUGUGUCUCGGACAAGGCUGUGUCCAACCAGAAGUCACUGUGCUACCGAUCAGUGUCAGCAGCAACAUGCUCUCUGCCGCUCGCUCAACACAUCACCAAGCAGAUCUGCUGCUGCAGCCGAGUGGGCAAGGCCUGGGGCGCUGAGUGUAAUCGCUGCCCUUUGCCAGGAACAGACCAUUUCAGGGAGAUCUGCCCAGCUGGUCACGGGUACACCUACUCUCUGUCAGAUGUUCAGAUCUCUGUCAGACCUCUGGGAGAACAUGUUCUGCAGAGCACAGGAGUAACAUGGGAUGAACAGGGUCCAGUUUAUCCUCAGCCUCCGUCUUCCCUGCCGUCACUGCCGGUGCCCAGCAGGCCAGGGUUUCCCAUCUACCCAGAGACACCCCAAGUGCCCCAGUACCCCGAGUACCCCGAGUACCCUGAGUACCCAGAGACGCCACAGUCACCGGGGCUCCCUCUGACUCCGCAGCAACCUCUCCAUCCCUCCCACCCAGCCAAAGAGACACCGAAACAGCCAGAUGUGGAAAUUCUGAUCCCGCCAGCUGUUGUGACUGACUCACCACAGGAAUAUCCAGAUUCCUCCAUCAACCUGGGUCCAGAUUCAAGGGACCCAACUGAAACAUCCAGAGGUCAUGACAAGUGUGCCUCCACCCCCACCAUCUGCGGACAUGGGAAAUGUAUUCCUGUGCAGACCGGCUACACCUGCCAGUGUGAGCCGGGAUUCAAGCUCAGCGCCCUGCAGACCAACUGCAUUGAUGUGAAUGAGUGUGACGAGGACCCAUGUGAAGGGAAGGGCCGCUGCAUAAACAACUAUGGGUCCUACAUCUGCCAGUGCCACAGCGGCUACAGCCAGGUGAUCACCCAGAACAGGAAGUUCUGUCAAGACAUUAACGAGUGCAGCAUGCCCAACAAGUGCCAGAACGGCGACUGCGUCAACACAGAAGGAUCUUACACCUGUGAAUGCAACAGUGGCUACGCCAAGUCUUGGAGAGGCCUCUGCGAAGAUGUGGACGAGUGCAGAGAUCCCAAUUCCUGUCCCGAUGGCGCUUGCGUCAACACUCCCGGGUCCUUCCAGUGCCAGGUCUGUGGCCCGGGCCUCGGGUCCGUCAGUGGAAGAUGUCUGGAUGUAAACGAGUGCUUGAACCAAACAGUGUGCGGCAGUGGUAGGUGUGACAACACAGAGGGCUCCUAUAGGUGCAACUGUUUCCAAGGCUACAAAGUCUCACCGGACAACAUUUGCCGAGAUGUGGAUGAGUGUGUGCUCCCAGGAGUCUGUCUCCACGGCCGCUGUGUCAAUCUGGACGGCACCCACAAAUGCACUUGUAACCAUGGUUUCCAAGCCACCUCAGACAGCAAAGCUUGUGAAGAUGUCAAUGAAUGCGAAACUGGGAACACAUGCCCUUCAGGGAUUUGCAUCAACACAGCAGGUUCUUUCACUUGCCAGAACUGCAGGCACGGAUUUGGACCAUCAGCUGAUGGAUUGAGAUGUGAAGAUGUGGAUGAGUGUGCUCAGGAUGACUUGUGUCUGGGUGGAGUGUGUGCCAACACGCAGGGAUCCUACACCUGCACCAGGUGUAAGUCUGGCUACAGGGUGUCACAAGACCGGCAGAGGUGUGAAGAUAUCGAUGAGUGCCAGUCCCUGUCUACCUGUGCCAAUGGGAUCUGUCUAAACUCGGAAGGCUCUUACACCUGUGAGAACUGCCCCGGAGGGUACAGGGUAUCAUUUGACGGGGAGUUAUGCGAAGAUAUUGACGAGUGUGCGCUGCCCAAUACAUGCCCCCUGGGAACAUGUACUAACACACUGGGUUCCUUUACAUGUAUCGUCUGUCAACCCGGUUUCAGAGAGUCUGAGGACGGACAGGAGUGCGAUGAUGUGGAUGAGUGCUUGAUGGCUAACGUGUGCCCGGGCCAGCUGUGCUUGAACAGCCCAGGAUCUUACACCUGCAGGAGCUGUGAACCUGGUCUGCAACUGUCUGAGGACGGUCAAAGCUGCGAGGACAUCGAUGAGUGCCAGACCCUAGGUGUUUGCCCCAUGGGUGUUUGCACCAACAUAGUGGGCUCCUUCUCCUGCAUGGCCUGUGAUCCGGGCUUCACAGUGGCUCCAAACGGACUCUCGUGUGAAGAUGUGAACGAGUGUGAGGACACCAACCUGUGUUUCGGAGGCCAGUGCACCAACACUAUUGGUUCCUUCAGCUGCUUCUGCCCUGUUGGUCUGGAGCUGGAGGAUGGGACAUUCUGCAGAGAUAUCAACGAGUGCUUAACCAUUGUGGGGAUCUGUGGAGAAGGAGACUGUGUUAACACGGAGGGCUCCUACACAUGCAUCUGUCCUGAUGGUUACACCACCAUCAAUGGAAGGACCGGCUGCCAAGAUGUGGAUGAAUGCAGUAACGAUAAUGUGUGCAUGCAGGGCCAGUGUCUCAACACCGACGGCUCAUUCUUGUGCUUGUGUGAAGCCGGUUUCAAGUUCAACGCGGACACAGCUGAUUGUGAAGACAAGGAUGAGUGCAAGGAGUUUGGGAGCACUGUGUGUGGUACCUGGCGCUGCGAGAACACCAUUGGCUCCUACCGGUGUUUCAUGGGCUGCCAGCCUGGCCUCGAGGGAGAAGACGCCAAAGACUGUGAUAUUGAUGAGUGCGUCAACGAGACCAUCUGUGGGAACCACGGCUUCUGCGAGAACACGGCCGGCUCCUUCCACUGCCAGUGUGACCAGGCCUACACCAACCCGCCCGGAGACAUGAGCAGAUGUGUCGACGUGAACGAGUGCGAGAUGAGCUUGGCGCUGUGCGGGGAGGCCCUGUGUGAGAACGCCGAUGGCAGCUUCCUGUGCAUCUGCCCCAACGACAAUGAGGAAUUUGAUCCCAUCACCAGCCAGUGCCGCUCCCUGGAUAUCGACCUGAAACCUGCCGCUCCGUCUGCCCCCUCAGCUGAUGAGAGGAAGGAGUGCUACUACAACUUGAAUGGCGCCAACUUCUGCGACAACGUGCUGUCUCGCAACACCACCAAGCAGGAGUGCUGCUGCACGGUGGGGGCGGGCUGGGGGGACAACUGCGAGAUCCACGCCUGUCCUGUCCCAGGAAGAGAUGAUUAUAACCAGUUGUGUCCUCAUGGCAGCGGCUUGUUGCCUCUGCCUGUUUCCUCUGUACAAGCUCUGGGAGACCAGCACCCUUACAUAGAUGCAAACGAGUGUGAGAUGUUUGGAUCCGACAUUUGUAAGAACGGAAAGUGUUCAAACCUCUUUUCUACGUAUACCUGCUACUGUCUCUCCGGCUUCUACUACGAUAACAUCAGGCUGGAGUGUGUGGAUUAUGAUGAGUGUAAAUUUGAAAUCGCCUGCGAGAACGGAGCCUGUGUGAACACGGCUGGCUCCUUCAACUGUUUCUGCAGUCCUCCAUUAGUGUUGGACAGCACCCGGCGCCGCUGCAUCGGCCUCAACAACACAGAGGAAACUCUUGAGCCUGAUCACGAUGUGCACAUUGAUAUCUGCUGGCAGCGUCUGGAGGGGGACAGCAUAUGUUCAGAGCCCCUCCAGGGCCAGAGGACCACAUACACCGAGUGCUGCUGCCUGUACGGCAUCGCCUGGAGCGGACAGUGUGCCUUCUGUCCCCGGAGAGACUCUGAUGACUAUGCAAUCAUGUGCAACCUGGCCCGGAGAGGAGGUGCGGACAGUCUGCGAGAACGCCAGGGUUAUGAAUACGGUGUUGAGGAGCCAGAGGAACCUUUUGUUCCUCCAUACUGGGACAAUUAUGGCAGCCCUCCAGGACCCUAUGAUCUCCCUGAAGGCGUUCCACUCUUCAACGACAAUGAUUACGGCGUCCAGCAGCCGCCUGUUCGCGUCCCCAUCCCACGACAGCAGGAGCAACAGCCACGACCAGUGGAUUCUUACGCUGAGCGCUACGAUGGCUUUGAGGGGCUCCGGGCGGAGGAAUGUGGGAUCCUGAAUGGCUGUGAAAACGGUCGCUGCGUUCGUGUGCGAGAAGGCUACACCUGCGACUGCUUUGAUGGAUACGAGCUGGACCUGAACAAGAUGGCCUGUAUAGACAUAAACGAGUGUGAAGACAUCAACGACAAGGUGCCCCUGUGUCAGAACGGGGAGUGCGCCAACACGGAGGGGUCGUACAAGUGCACCUGUUUGCCGGGUUUCGUGAAGUCUGCCCAGCCGCACCAAUGCAUCCCGACGAUCCCAGAGUCGGGGCUUAGAGAGACAGGAAACUGAGACAGUGACUGUUGAAGCGCUGGCUUCUACUGCUUUUUCAAAGACCGCCUUAAACACCCCUGUGGCCUUUUCCUCUGAAGGGUCUGGCACUAGACUUCCAACAGUGACACUGAAACGUCCAAACUCGUCUCCCUACAGUCACACACACGCACGCACAGACGCACAUACACACACAUUCAGCACAGAACACACACUUUUCCCUCUGGUACACAUUCGAGAGGACCAGGAACACAGUGCAGUGAAUGUAUUACAUGGGAUUUAAUAUUCACCAGAUAUCCAUUUGCCUUAAAGGGAUUUUUCUAGACUGAUUGUUUUUUUAUUCAGUUACCCCAGGCAAUUUGACAUACAGAUUUAUUUUCCACAUUAUUUUCUCUGUCACUUCUUCUUUUGUUGUUGUUUUAUUUAUUUCAUCUCCAUGACUCGCCUCUGCAAAGUAAGGAAACAAUUUCAGACGUCAUACUCGCUCCCCUUCGGUUUUAUUUGUCUCACCAAUUGAUUGGGAGACAGUGUGGGGCGGUGAUGUUGUAGAAGAGGAAAUCAACUCAUGAAACAGCUUCUGCAUCACUGUCAAACCUCUAAUGUCUCGCUCAGCCGUUGUAAUUCGCCCUCGCCUUGGACUAAACGGGCGCCAGGGUUUUACAAACGUCACCAAUUCAAGGAACUUUUCCCCCGCCGCUGGCUUCCUGAACCUCACGAUUAACGAUGAGCUGAAGAAUCUCUGGACCAAGAAGUGUGAAGCCAGCAAAGCCAAACCUCCUUAUUCAAACCUUCAGCCUGUAUGUAGACAUGAAGAGACUAUAGAUGUAUAUGAUGAUCUAUGUAAUGUUUUGAAAAAGGUGCAAUAACCGGCCUUCCUCUGUUUGAUACCAGUUUCAUAAUAUUAGCAAUGAAGUAGUGCGGCUGUUGACCCCAAUUUGUAGUUUUCUUUUUAACAGUAUUAACCUGUUUUAUACUCAAAUCAAUGCACCACGACUUAAGUUUGAUUCUAGAAAGCCAUAAGAAGGUACGUCAGUUGAAAUUAUCCACAAACAUCACUGUUUCUAAAACUGUAAGAUUGGUUCCACGCAAAAAAAGGAUUCCGACAGCAUCCGAUUCCCUCACAUCAGACUGUUCCCACAUGUGCGUCUCUGAGCGCACGUAAAGACAAAAGGCUUCGUUGGAGAGGUUUGGUUUAUUUUGUACAGAUCUAGUACUAUGUAUUAUUUUUGUUACUUAUUCUCUUAAUGCAUUGUAGCACAACCAAUAUUUUGUUUGACGUAAAACAUUAAAGUGUAAGAAAAAAAGUCUGGCAUUAUAGCUUUGUAGAUUUAUACAUGUCUGUAAAAAUGUUUUUUUUUUUUAAGGCAUAUCUUUUUAUGUGUGAGGAGGAGAGUGGCUGACACUGUACUAGAGGAACUGUGUGUAUAACCUGCCCUGUGGAGCAGACAAUGAAUUAUAUAUAUUUUUGGAAGUGGCAGCACUGUUCAAACCACAGACAUUUUGUCUCUUCAAGUACAUUACCAAGACGACGCUUUUGAAAAUUUAAGCACCGGCUUCUGCGUUACAACUUUCUGGCUAAAUAUUAUUAAUUGUGAACAUUAUUUCUUUUAGUCUCUGUUCGAUCCUUUGGUCAUGAAUGUAUCAUAGACAGUAUCAGCCUACUUAUUUGGUUUCUCCCUCUAAUACCUUUGUGUCUCUCAUAUUCAGGUUUAAGAAAGUUAUGGCAUUAUUUGUCUGAUGGACUGAAGUUCAGCAGGAACGUAAAAAUGUCUGAUUCUAACUUUAGAGGAUGACGAGACUUGUGCCCUUAACCUGCAUUAUCAUCUUCAGACGCACGUUGUACAAACACAACAUCGUUUUGUUUUACUGUACUUUACUGUUCAUAACAUCACCUGAACCAGAGUAGAAAUCUGACACUUAGGACAACAUUUCAAUAUUUAAAACCUUUCAAACAAACAAAUAACUUCAGAUAAAUUUCUUGUUGUAAAUCUGUGUUCAUUGGAAAAUAUAUUGCUCAUUCAUUUUGUUUACCUCUCGACUGUAAUCGCCAUCAGUCAUCAAAAUAAAAACAUUAAAAAAUA